AUGGGUCAAGAGGAAUAUUCUACAUAUAUCGAGGUAAUGUAUUCACUUGGCUUAUCUGUUUCUUCCUCAGCAGUAGCAAAUCCAAAGGACGAACCGUUCACUAAUAAACCUAUCCAGUUCUAUGAAGAAAUGAGUUUGAUAUGCGGCAAUGAUCACGCAACGGGGAAGUACACCGUUGAUACUCACCAGCCUAUAGGAUUAGAAGACAUUGAGGAAGUAAUGGAGCAUGGCACUAAAACUAAUGACAUGAUGGAAGAUAUGGAUAUGAUUGGCCGUAAUGAUUCCACCUCUUCUUGGGAUACUUCAAUACAAUCUUCAACUCGUGGUCCUAGUGAAUCAACAUCUCAAGGAUCUAAAGUUAAGAACAAAAUCAAAAGUGGAAAGAAAAUAAAAGAUUUACAACUUGAGAUAAUGUUGAAAAUGCCCACGGAGAUACAAGUUAUGGAUAAAAAUAGAGGUUGGAUGUAUAACACUUCUCGUGUAAGUGCCGAGUACAUUGAAAAAGUGAAUGACUUUCUUGAUAGAGCAUUCGCAAGAGUAGCUAAAGGGAAUGAAAUAUGUUGUCCUUGUCGUGGUUGCUAUAAUUAUUACAAAUGGGUUUUUCAUGGUGAGGAUUUGCCAUCAAGAUUGAACGUCCAUAGCGAGAGUGAUGAUGAUGAUGAUGCACAUACUCAUGAUGAUGUAGGUGGAUUACUACAUGAUAUUUUUAGAGGCACAAUAGAAGAGUUUCCAGAUAACGAAGAAGAAGGCAUAAAGGAAGGCACAGAGGAAUUGAGCGAUGAUGCUAAGAAAUUUUACAAGUUAGUGGAAGAAGGCCAGCAAGAGUUAUUCCCAGGAUGCAAAACUUUUUCCAAACUCUCUUUUAUAAUUCGAUUAUAUCUGCAUAAGUGCAUACAUGGACUAAGCAAUGAGGCAUUUGAUGAUUCUCUGACCCUAUGGAGGGAAGCAAUUCCAGACAUAAAGUUGCCAAAGUCUUUUUAUGAAGCCAAAAGGAUUGUCAAGGACUUGGGUCUCGAUUAUGAAAAAAUACAUGCGUGUAAUGUAAAUGGGAAGCUGAAUGAGUGUAGUAGUUGUGGUGCUUCUCGGUGGAAGCCAACGAAGGAUGAUGUAGCAAAUGAUUCCAAUCAACCAUCUAAAAAGGUGCAUAAUGUUCCAGUAAAGGAUGGGAUUCUAAGACAUCCGGCUGAUGGCAAAGCUUGGAAAGACUUUGAUGAAAAGCAUCCAGAGUUCGCAUUAGACCCUCGUAAUGUGAGAUUAGGGUUGUCUAGUGAUGGAUUUAAUCCCUUUCGAACAAUGAGUAUCGCACAUAGUACAUGGCCAGUUAUCUUAAUCAACUAUAAUUUACCGCCAUGGAUGUGCUUGAAGGCAGAAUAUUUCAUGCUAUCUCUACUUAUUCCUGGUCCUCAAUCCCCUGGCAACAACAUUGAUAUAUACUUGCAGCCACUGAUUGAUGAAUUGAAAGAGUUGUGGGAAGUUGGAUUGCUUACAUAUGAUGCUUCUAUCAAACAAUCAUUUAAAUUGCGUGUAGCUUUGCUUUGGACAGUUAGUGACUUCCCAGGAUACGCAAUGUUGUCCGGAUGGAGUACUAAAGGCAGAUUGGCUUGUCCUUAUUGCAAUUAUAGUACAUGCUCUGAAUAUUUAAAAUAUAGCAAGAAGAUGUGUUAUAUGGAUCAUCGCAGAUUUUUAAAAGAUGAUCACCCAUGGCGAUUUAAUAAAAGAUUGUUUAAUGGUGACAUUGAGCUUGGAAGAGAACCAACAUCUUUGUCUGGGACUGAAAUUAUAAAUGAAUUAUCUAAUUUUGUCAAUGAAUUUGGAAAAAAGCAGAAGAAAAGAGCGGAUAGGAAUUGUCCGUGGAAGAAAAGGUCAGCAUUUUUUGAUUUGCCUUAUUAG